AUGGCCCAAAAAGCAAAGAAAGACCGCGCCAAGUCCAACACGGCGGCUCUCAACAACCUUCACAUUGGCUCUGCCACCGUCAACGUUGCCUUCCUGGCUUUCCACUUCCUCUUCCGCUCCCGCUCGCUCUUCUGGUACUUCCUCCUCUCGGCCCCGGCCUUCAUCUGCCAGUUCGUCCUCGAGCGCUCCGGACGCCCCACGUACGACGCCAGCGGCGCCCUGCGCACCGCUGGCGAGGACCUCGCCUCUGCCGGUCUGACCGAGUACAUGUUCGACGUUAUCUGGGUCACCUGGGCCUCCGUCGUGGCCGUCAUCCUCUUCGGCAACGGCGGCUGGCUCCUCUGGCUCGCCGUCCCUGCGUACGGCGCCUAUGCCGGCUACGGCCUCAUGGGCGCCGCCAAGGGCAUGGCCGGCCUGGGUGCCGCCAACAACGCCGAGGGGGCCGAGGCUGCGCCGGCCGGCAACAGGCGGCAGCGACGUGCUGCUUAA